AUGGAAUCAAAUGCAUUCGCGUCGUUGGCGCGUCUCAAAAUCAUGGUUAUUCCCGUGGGGCCAAUUCCAAAGGCUGCAUACGAAAAGUGGCACGCCGUCGUCUCCAGCUUUGACUCGCUGCCUCUAGUGGAGAUUCCACCGGCGCGAAACGACGACAGAAGUAUGGCUACGCGUUUCAUGCCAACAGCCGCGUCUACGGGCCAUCUACAUCUCGAAUAUGUCGCGCAUCCGCCACCGAUAUGGCAUCACGCUUUGGCACUCUUUAGGCCUGCUUUAUUCCCCCUGGGGACCGAAUUCAAACGCAAGGUCCAGCAUAUGUACCCUUACAAUUCUCCUUAUCCAUUGGCGCAGACAUGCUUCGCAUUCGAAGAGAGUAGCGAAGGGACCAAUCUGGCUACGGACGACGUCGGGCUGGAGAUCAUCCCAAGUGUCUUGGGCAACAAAGUCACAGCACACGUCGGCAUGCUACUGGCUAGCUUCUGCUCACAGAUCUUGGCCGGGUUUUCUUCUCUGACUCGAUCAUUAGAUUCACCAAGAGGAUGGGAGGUUUUGCACUCUGCGCUUUUCCCAACGUAUCCUCUCGAGUCAGAGGAUGACCAAGGUCAGAACUUGAGAAUAAAUGUCGAGUCUCCACGAAGCUCGAGCGAAAUGAAGCGAACGUCCAUGGCUCCGGCUGUCACCGCGUCUCCUCCACGACCAUCGUCCACACUUUCACGAUCUGCAAGUCUUAAUACAUCUACUAGGAACUCUGUCGCACUCAGUAAAAAGCGACAGUCGUUAUUAAACUCUGGUGGCCCGCCAAACGCGCGGCUAAGCAAGACUGUCGGCGACCUAUUUCUAUUAGCGGGCAGAUUGAAUGACGCUAUUACCUGGUAUAACGAUGCCGCAACACAUCUACGGUCCACACCGGAUCCGGUAUGGCAUGCUGCCGUCUUAGAAGGCUUAUCUACAGCGCAUGUUCUAGAAGCAUGGGCUGGAAGCUCAGGACUUCAAACGUCCAUGUCGGCCAAUAUGCUACGCGACCCAUGGUCGGAGAUUUCAGAUAGAAUGAACAUGGCUACACACAUGUACUUCAAAGCACCCCUUGCGGACAACAGUCACGACUUUCCGACCGUCACGCUCUUAUAUUGCUCUUGCGUUCUUCGAUUCGCACAUUUUAUGUUUUGCAUUUGGAGCUCUAAUGGAUGGGGACCAAUGGCAUUUAUCACGAUGCUGUCGUCGUCCCUCCCUCCGACCUUCGUGCCAGAACCUCCAACCACGGCACGGAGAUGGAGGAUGACAAGCAUGACCACGAUAUCCAGGACCCAAAUAGCAAGUAUCGUCGCACAGGCACAUGGACCAUGGAUAAUGCAUCUUCAUCCCCAUGACAAGAUACGGGCGUUAUCUUACAUGGCGGGUCUCUAUUCUUGCUUAUCUUUUAAGCGGAAAGAAGUAUAUAUCCUGCGAGAACUUGUAUCGGUAGUCAUGGACCUGGUUUACAUGGGACGUGAAGAGAGACGGGAGCAGAAUAUCGCCAGGAUGGGCGUCACGGACGGCAAUCUGGCAGAAAUCGCAGCUUCGACGCAUAUGACCAUCCGAGAACAUCAACUAAAGGAUGGAAACGCCAGUAUUUUACGACUACUGACUCACAUCUGCGCCGUAUAUGGGAUCAACCUGCGUGCGAUACGGCUCGAAGAGGAAGGGCAAAAGGAAGACGAGACCGAAGAUCGUGACGAGAUGGACAGUAUUGACUUUGCGCGGCAACCAUCGUAUGGAUGGCCAGAGCUACAACUGGGAGUGGUUCGUGAAGCGAUCGCUGUGGCAGAAGCAUUACCUGAGCUGCCAUCACUCACACAGUUUUCGCUUUCCUCAUUAAGGGCGCUUUACACCCAUCUGACCGCCUCGGAACAACAUUCUCUUUAUAUUGCAGCUAAGAACGCUGUUCAGGUGUCUCAGCGGAGGGGAGAGGAUUUCCGAGUAGAAUACUGGUCUGGCAGACCUGUCGUGAGCGUCGAAGUCGUGGCAUUACCCUUUGGUCGCAUUCCCGUUCAACACUCCAAGACGGAACUAGUCCCUAGGGACACAAUCCUUAGCCCAACCUCGGGGCCGAAGGAUCCUUUCAUCUAUAACCCACGUCUACGAACCCUCCUUGUUCAAAAGGAGCAAUUGGAGUUCAUCUUGACGUUGCAAAAUCCAUUCCUAUUUGAGCUUGAGCUCACCAAUGUCUCGCUGAGUACAUCGGGUACCGUAUUUGUUACCCAGCCAGUUUCUGUGACAAUUCCUCCGAAUAGCUUUUGCCCAGUGCGACUUUCUGGGGUGGCAGAGAAGCCAGGUCAACUGACUAUUAGAGGAUGCAUUGCUCAGACCGUGGGUUGUGAGCCUCGGGAAUUCCUGUUACCUCUCUCAAGCGAGGAAGAGGAAAGAAACAUGGAGAAGCGACGUAGUAUGAAGGAAGCUGAGCAAGACAGAUUCAAGUUUACCGGACUAGAUGCUCGGCCAUUGGAGCGGGAGAAGAAGCGGCUCAGCCAAGCAGGCCCUCCCCCCGCAGUCGAGAAGAAAACAAAGUUUGUCGAAUGCUACGUCGUACCGGAGCAACCACUUUUAAGGAUCAGGAGAACGUCCCUAACUCACGGGGCUGUCAUGAUGUACGACGGAGAAUCGACUACCAUCCGUCUGACGGUGGAGAACGUCUCGCUAUUACCUAUCAACUUUUUGAAGCUCACUUUUGAUGAUUCAACGAUUGCUCCUAUGCAACAGAUGCUAGGAGAAGGUGCUCUGUCGAUUGCAGAGACGUAUGAAGUAGAGUACGACUUGCGAAGGCGGCCCGUCUUCCAGUGGCGUGCAAAGGACGAACCAAAGGAAGUUCGACCCGGUCAAAAAUCAGUCCUCACGGUAUCCUGUCUGGGGAAGAUAGGCUGCAUUAGCGGCACUGUGCAGAUAGCAUAUGCUCACAUAGAGGAGAGUGACACUUCCGACUUCUUUUAUACCCGACAAAUUCUAUACCCCGUCCUGGUUACUGUUAACCAAACAUUGGAAUGUUCGUCGAUGGACAUCUUCCCCUUCUCUCCCAUCGCCGUCCUCUCCAGCGAGGAUUACGAGUACGAUUCUGAGGAGAAAAGCAGGCGAAACCUAUUGGAAGUGGACAGCGAUGGGGACUGGUGUCUCUUCACGGUCGACGUGAAGAAUUCCUACACACUGCCUUUUGAGGUCCAUUUCGACCGACGGCAAGAAGGGACCGAGCCUGUCUCGUGUUCUCGUCUGGUUCCACCUGGUUCAACAUGCAGGAUCACUCUCCCGCUGCGAAGGAUAUCGCUAUCUCCCGAGGAGAUCACUCGACCUAUCCCCGCCUUGACGGAUCGCCAGUUUGUCGUGUCCAAAGCUGAACCUAGCAGUGGUGACCAAAUGGUCCAGCGAGAAUUAUUCUGGUAUCGAGAGGCCUUGUUCAACUGUAUCACGGCGCGUUGGAAAGAGCCCGGAGGAAGUCGACACGGGGAACUUUCUCUACGGCGUCAGAGGCUUACGGGUCCUAUGAAGGAUAACCUCAAGACCGACCCGAUCCGUGUCAAUGUGGACCUAAUACAACAUAUGGAAAAGGACGGGCAGGAAGAGUUCUCUCCAAUACCUGCCAUCAACGGCAAGGUUUACGCACAACCGACCGAGUUUUAUAACAUUCGAUGCCGGGCGUACAACGCGACAGACUCCCCUCAUGUACUGGUGCUUUCACUCGCUGCUCAUCCGCUGGACCUCUUUCACGUCGAGGGUAACCUCACCGACAUUCCUAUUGGACGGGUCGACAGCAAAUGUGCCAAAGAGGUAGAAGUUCCCAUUUGCUUCGUAUCAGAGGGUCAAUUCGAGUUUGUGGCCGAGGUUCGAGUGUUGGGAGCGCAGAUUCGUUCCGGGGAAGGAGAACUCAAAGUUAUUACCAGAGAACUGUAG